AUGGCGCUCGACUCAACUUCCCAACGAACAACCCUAGCAUUUAUCGCUGGCGCCUCCUUGGCACUACUCGCCGUGACUUAUACUCCUCUGGCCGCACUGCUCAGCAAGAAUGACCACCAAGACAGCAAAGGAAAUCCAUCUCGAAACGCCCCGCCUUCCAGCUCUCGUCCUCAAACCCAAGCACCACCACAGCCCGCCUCUUCCCUUGCCAACACAAUAGGAAACACCCCCCUAACACUCCUCCCAACCCUCUCCCGCCUCACCCAGUGCUCAAUCUACGCCAAACUCGAGCUCCUCAACCCCGGCGGCUCCCCGAAAGACCGCGUCGCUCGCUCCAUCUUACACUCGCUGCAGCAUCCUUCGUCCACUAACACCCCACCACUGGCGCCUGGGGACACGAUCUACGAAGCACCGUCGGCUCAACUGGCACUUCGUGAAUCUAGCGAGGAGGCGAGUGUGUGGCAUACGAAAGCUUUCGAGGAGGGAGUCAGGGGAGAGGUCGAAAUCUUCGCCGACAUACCGGCACUUCUCAAGCGGCAAAGCGGCGAGGGCAACGAUGACGACGCCGGCUCUACGAAACAUGAUCCCGACGCCAAGUCAGAUUCAAUCAUAAUCAACAUAACCGGCCGCGCCCAUUUCGCGAACCAAUUCGAAUCCCCAGCAAACUACCGCGCGCACUACCACACAACAGGUCCCGAGAUAUACACCCAGAUGGAUGGUCAAAUCGACGCCUUCGUCGCUGGCGCGGGCACGGGUGGGACGAUUUCUGGCGUUGGGUUGUACCUCAAGGAGAAGACCCACCGUCCGCCCAGAGUUGUCCUCGCCGACCCCACUGGCUCCGGGCUUUACAACAAGGUGAAGCACAAUAUCUUCUUUUCGCCCACCGAGCGCGAGGGGACGCGCCGACGCAGCCAAGUCGAUACGAUAAUCGAAGGGAUCGGUCUUACGCGGAGUACAUUCAAUUGGCAGGUCGGCGACGACGCAGGCGUUGUCGAUGAUGCAGUGCGUGUAACGGACGAGGAAGCGAGGAGGAUGGCACGGUGGUUGUGUUGGAGGGAAGGGUGGUUUGUGGGGGGCAGCAGUGCUGUUAAUUGCGUCGCAGCCCUCCGCACGGCCCUCGCCCUCGGUCCCGGCCAUCGCAUCGUAACCAUCUUCUGCGACAGUGGGAUGCGACAUCUAUCGAAAUUCUGGGCUGGGAUUGACCCGGCUGACUCCUCCGCGAUUGGUGACGUUGGAGAGGCGAGCAUGGCGGAGCUCGAGGAGAUCUUGGCUGCUGAAACUGGUGGUGAUUGA